CCAAGGGCAGAGCCCCGGGUUCCCUGCGAUCUGUUUCCAGGGUGGAGAGGCCUGCGGAGCUGGGUGGGAACUCAGAACUCAGGGCUCCCCGCUGUGCUCGCACUGCCGCCCACAGGAGGCAGAACUUGGGUCACAGCCUGCCCAUCCUUUGCCUCACCUGAUAGGUGCCUCUCUGUCAGUGGGAGUGGCUUGACAUGGAAAUGGACGCUGAUGUUCUGACAUUGUGCAAGGCACAGUGUGGACAUUCUCAGUUUAGGAUGUGGGAAUUAGCCAGUGCUGCAGCAUGUCGUGGAGGUUGCUGACGGGACACCAGCUCUGUAGGCUGUGUCUUUUCAGAAAGCCGCAACCAGCUCUGAAAAUCAAACCUUCAGCAUGUGUCAGCUAUGAAACGGACAGCCAGUCCAACAAAGAAAACAUGAGAACAGUGGAAAGGCUCCAGGCAUGUUCAGUUGACAUCAGGAAGAUCCGCAGACUGAAAGCAUGGGUGCUUCUAGAAGAUGACACCUACGUUGAAGAGAUUGCAAAUAUUCUGAAAGAACUAGGCGCCAACAAAACUGUGAUAGCCAGUAUAUUAGAACGCUGUCCAGAAGCGAUUGUCUGCAGCCCUGCUGCUGUUAAUGCCAAAAGGAAACUUUGGCAGACGGUCUGCAAAAAUGAGGCCCACCUAAUCCAAUUAAUAGAGCAGUUUCCAGAACCUUUCUUUACUGUCAAGGACCAGGAGAACCAGAAGCUGAAUGUUCAAUUCUUCCAAGAGCUGGGACUAAAAAAUGUGGUGAUUAGCAGGUUUCUGACGACUGCCUCUAGCAUUUUCCAUAAUCCUGUAGAGAACAACAAGCGAAUGAUAGGGGUUCUCCAGGACAGCUACCUAAGCUUAGGUGGCUCUCAGGCCAACGCCAAAGUGUGGCUACUGAAGUUAUUAAGCCAGAAUCCAUUUGCUGUGUUAAGUUCUCCCACAGCUGUAGACCAAAUACUAAAAUGUCUUCAAGAACAAGGUUUCACAAACUCUCAAGUUCUUCAGCUUCUGUCCAAACUUAAAGGCUUUCUUUUUCAGCUUCAGCCAGAAAGCAUCCAGAACAGUAUUUCCUUCACUAAGACUACUUUUGAGUGCACAGAUGAUGAGCUGCGGCAGUUGGUUGUGAACUGUCCUGUGCUGCUGUAUUACUCUGCCCCAGUCCUAGAAGAGAGGAUCCAGGCGCUGCUGAAGGAAGGAAUCUCCAUGGCUCAGCUAAGAGAGUCACCAAUGGUCCUGGAGUUAACACCACAGAUAGUCCAAUACAGGAUAAGAAAGCUGAACUCUUUAGGCUACAGAAUAAAGGAUGGGCAUCUAGCAAGUCUAAAUGGAACAAAAAAGGAGUUUGAGGCUAACUUAAGCAAAAUGCAAGCCAAGCAGGGAAGGCCACUAUUUAACCCUGUGGCGUCAUUAAGUGUGGAAGAGUGAUGUGGAGCUUAUUUCUAGCAGGCAAAUUGACCAAUUCACAAAGACUUAAGCAACUCAGCUUGUAAGCACUAGUGAGUAUCAAUCAGGACCUACUGAGCUUCUGAGUGGUGUUCAAGUACCUCAUAAUCGAUGGCCUCCGACUCUUGCUGUAUUUUAAAAUAUAAAAUAAAUAUAAAUUGUGUUUAAAUAACA